AUGUCCGCGGACAAACUCUGGGACGUCUGCGACGACGCCUUCGAAACCAUCUGCGACACACUUAAGCAGAUGGUCGACGCAAACGGGAAAAUCGACUUCCUACAAACACGCAAAUACAUCAAGACGCUGUUCUACGUGAUGGCCCUCAACCCCGACAUCGCCUCGGAGGUCAUCACCGCCAACGCUGUUUCCCCCGACGAAAUCCUUACAGCGGCCAGGAACGCUGAGGUGGCAAGCAAAGAAAGGGGGAGCAAGAUAGCGUCCAUUUCACAAACACCUACCACCACCAACACCAACGACAACGAAGCAUUUGACAUCGACGCCGUGAGAUUCCAGGGCAACCGCGGCAACAGCCGUGGCAAUUUCCGCGUUAACAGCAGGUUCCCAGCGGGACGCGGAAGAGGCAACGGGCGACCAACAGGCCGCAACAACAUGCCCAACGCCAUCUGCUCCUGGUGCAACCGCGCAAAUCACACGGAAGAGCAAUGCUUCCAAAAGAAGAAAGCCAAACAGACGGCACAGCAACCGGGACGAGGAGGUGGACGAGGCUAUUUUCAACCAAGUACCG